AGGCACCAUCUGUGCGAGCCCGACAUGAAGCUGGUGUGGCCAAGUGCCAAACUUCUGCAGGCGGCAGCGGGCGCCUCCCUCCGCGCCUACCACCGCGUCACCCGCAGCGUCCUGCCGCUGCUGCUGGAGCAGUACAACAAGCACCCGCAGGGGACGAGCAGCCAGAGGAGGACAAUCCUGGAGAUGCUGCUGGGCUUCCUGGAGUUGCAGCAGAAAUGGGGACACAUAGAAGAAGAUGAGAGUGCUCUGCUGUCGCUCCAAGCCCCAGUUUGCUCUGUGGUGUUCUCAGCACUGACAGAUCCCAGUGUGCAGCUGCAGCUGGUUGGGAUCAGGGCCUUGACUGUCCUGGGCUCCCUGCAAGGCUUUCUGUCUCCUUCUGACCUGGAGCUGGUGGUGGAUCACCUCAUCCGUCUUGCUCUGCAUGAAGAGGAUUCCCAGAGCAGCGAGGCAGCGAUGGAGGCAGCCGGAAACCUGGCCCCCAUCUACCCAAAGGUUUUCUCUGGACGCAUGGUACCCAGGCUGGAGGAGGAGCUGCACUCAGAGCGGGAGGAGGAGAGCUCCUGUGACCGCAGCUCCCUGCGUCAGCGCUGCCUGCAGGCCCUGGCAGCCGUGUCCACCCACACCAGCAUCGUGAGGGAGACCGUCCCUGUCCUGCUGCAGCACCUCCGCAAGGUGCAGAGAGGGAGCGAGGCCGGGAGCACCCAAGAUGUGGUCUGCGUGUGCCAGAGCCUGCACCGCGUGGCCCUGCAGUGCCAGUGGGACGCUGAGGGCUGCUGGUACUACCACCAGACGGUGGUGCCCUGCCUGCUGGCCAUGGCCCUGCAGGCUGCCAUGCAAGGGGUCCUGGCUGCCAUGGUCCCUGUCAUCAGUGCUGCCACCACUCACCUGAGCCCUGAGCUGGCUGCCCAGAGUGUGUCUCACGUGGUGCCCCUCUUCCUGGAUGGAGAGGUCUCCUUCCUGCCCCAGAACAGUUUUCCCUGCUCCUUCCAGCCCUUUGAGGAUGGGGAGUGCUUGGAGGCACAGAGACGCCUGGUCGCCUUCCUCAUGGCCUUCGUCUGCUCCUUGCCCCGCAAUUGCAACUGCCCCUUCACAGCCACCACAGCUGCCAAGUGCUUUGCGGGGCUGGUGAACAAGCACCCGGCGGGGCAGCAGCUGGAUGAGAUCCUGCAGCUUGCAGUGAACAGGAUGGAGCCCAGCCUUGCAGAGGGGCCCCGCCGAACGCAGGCACUCACGCUGCUGCUCUGGGUGACCAAGGCCCUG